UCUCAGGCCCAUUAGUAGGAUUUUAGCAAGCGUAUUGCGAGGAACGUAAACAGCAAACAAUUAAAUAAGCACAGACUGGAAACGGCCUUCGAAAUGGGGUUACAUGAGGCGAGCCAACAUCUGAGCCUGCUGCUUCUUUGCCUGGUUUGGGGACUGCCCCGUACCCAGGCGAAUGUGCCAAACUACUCGGAGUACGAUUCCCCGAAUCGUUACGACCCGAGGCGUCCCCAAUCUCAGGACCCAAGCCAAUUCGGACGUCGCUAUUCGGCCAACAGACAGUCGCUCUCUCAGCCGCUGUACAACCGUCCUGGGGGAGCGAACUAUGAGGUUUUGAAGCACUUGGAGCAGACGCCAAAGCAGCGUGAGUACCUGAUCCGCUCCCACGAGACGCUAUUCGACAAGGUACAGCACAAGUGCCGCAUCUGGGUGCCUCCUGAAACGGCCGCCAAGUACCCGCACGCCAACACCAUUCAGACAGACCUGGCCAACAAACUAUCCCUGAUCGAGGUUUGCUGUACUGGCUACUCGGCCAGCCGCCUGCUGGGAGUGACCCAGUGCCGUCCCCUGUGCGGGUGUCAGAACGGAAGCUGCCGGUCACCUGGAGAAUGCGACUGCUACGAGGGAUUUGUGAAGAACGACAACGGGGACUGCGUGUUCGCCUGUCCGCUGGGAUGCCAGAACGGCCGCUGCUUCCUCGACGGAAGCUGUCUCUGCGAUCCUGGCUACAAGCUGGACGAGACGAGGCGCUUCUGCCGUCCCAUCUGCAGCAGUGGUUGUGGCAACAGCCAGCGCCAUAACUGCACGGAACCCGAGAUCUGUGGCUGCUCCAAGGGCUACCAGCUCACCGACGAUGGCUGCCAGCCAGUCUGCGAGCCGGACUGCGGCAUAGGGGGCCUUUGCAGGGACAACAACGAGUGCGAGUGCGGACCGGGGUACAUGCUAAAGGACGGGGUCUGUCAGACCGACUGCUAUCAGAAGUGCAGCAAUGGCGUUUGUGUCAGUCGAAACCGAUGCAUCUGUGAUACAGGCUUCAGCUACCACGAACCAUCUACCAUGUGUAUUCCCGUCUAGGCGCAUGGAACCUAUGCAUAUAAUUUCAAAAUUCUUUAUUUAUACACUUCCCUACAAGUUCAGGUUUUUUUAACAAUCGGAUUAUAAGAAUAUAAUUAGUCAUUUAUAAAAAUAAAGUCAGAUAUCCGCACGGAAGUUGCAGUUGCCAGAGGGACAGUCAACGUUCGUGGGAAUGACAAAAAAAAACUCAGAUAAACAUUCGAUUAUUAUAUUGCUAUAAAUGACUCCUCAUAUGAGCCCCCAUAAAUAAUAAUUGUUUUAUUAGCCAGCCAUGAACGCAGCAA